UUAAAACAAGCAAACAGCAACAAAAGACAACUCCAGAAAUUUUAUACAAGGAUUUUUGAACAACAGAAUUAUCAUCCAGUAGAAACAAAAUCUGACCAUGGCAUCUGAAGAGUGCUUUCUGCUAGACUUGGAAGUGGAUAACUUUAUUCUUUGCAACGUCUCUGUGCAUCAAAGUGCAAAUCUCUCCAUCCUUAGUGAUGAUCGGUUCUACCCGGGGUUCCUAUACGCCAUUCCAACCAUUUAUGGGAUCAUCAUUUUGAUAGGACUUAUUGGCAAUAUCACUUUGAUAAAGAUCUUCUGUACUGUGAAGUCCAUGAGAAAUGUUCCUAACUUGUUCAUCUCCAGUCUGGCUUUAGGUGAUCUGCUUCUCCUAGUUACCUGUGUCCCUGUGGAUGCCAGCAGAUACCUCGCUGACAAAUGGCUGUUUGGCCGGGUUGGAUGUAAACUUAUCCCCUUUAUACAGCUCACUUCAGUGGGGGUGUCAGUCUUUACACUCACAGCUCUCUCAGCAGACAGGUAUAAAGCAAUAGUGAGACCAAUGGAUAUCCAGGCCUCCCAUGCGUUCAUGAAGAUUUGUGUGAAAGCUGCUAUUAUUUGGAUUUUAUCUAUGCUGCUUGCCAUUCCUGAAGCUGUAUUUUCUGACAUGCACCCUUUCCAUGAUAAAGGCACUAACAAAACAUUCAUCAGUUGUGCUCCCUACCCACAUUCUGAUGGCCUGCAUCCAAAAAUUCAUUCAAUGGCUUCAUUUCUGAUCUUUUACAUCAUCCCUUUGUCAGUCAUUUCAGUUUAUUAUUAUUUCAUUGCUAAAAAUUUGAUCCAGAGUGCUUACAACAUGCCAGUGGAAGGAAAUGUCCAUAUGCGGAAACAGAUUGACUCUCGUAAGCGUCUAGCCAAGACAGUGUUGGUGUUCGUGUGCCUCUUUGCUUUCUGCUGGCUUCCCACUCACAUAAUCUAUUUAUACCGGUCCUACCACUAUUCAGAGGUGGACACUUCACUGUUGCACUUCAUCACCAGCAUCUGUGCUCGAAUCCUAGCAUUUACUAGCUCUUGUGUGAACCCUUUUGCUCUGUACUUGCUUAGCAAAAGCUUCAGAAAACAGUUCAACAACCAACUGUUCUGCUGCAAGGCCCGUCUCCUCAUAAGAUCUCAAAGCAUGGGCAGAAGCACCACUCGAAUGACCUCCCUCAAGAGCACCAACCAUUCAGUGGCUGCAUUUAGCCUCAUCAAUGGCAACCACAUCUGUCAUGAGGGCUGCGUAUAGGAUACACAGCCAGGGACGCCUUGGAAAACGAUCAUCUUUAGCAAGUUAGUGUCACUGUGUGCUGUGUCUUUAGCAAGUUAGUGUCACUGUGCUUGUGGGGCUAGUGAGUAACACACACAUAAAAAAACUCAACAGCAUUCAAAGAACUUCAGGGUGCUUUAAGCAGCUGAGGUGUAAUUCAGAACUGGGGAGCAGUCCUACAUAGCAGAUAAUUAAGGGCUUGACACUGUGUUGAACACCUCCUGUGAUGUGCUGAACUCCUACUGGUUUUACAAAGAGUUAAGUGCAUUCAGCACCUUGUAUGAUCACUGGCUCUAAGACUAAUCUUGCGUUCCUCUGUCAAUUUGUACUUAAGUCCUAACUUGGGCAGUCACACAAAAACUGUGGUAAGGGCAGCAAGAUUUGUUCAAGUGCUUGCAUGAAACAAUGUAAUAGUAUAUUUUACCAUGGGGUGUGUGUGUGUGUGUGUGUGUGUGUGUGUGUGUAUAGGCUAAAAUCAGUCCAUUUAAAUGAAGAAUACCCUUUUACAAAGAAGUGAAACAUAGAUCAUUUACUAGAACCAUCAAGUAUUUAUAAAUGUUAUGAGUGCAGUAUUAAUUCACUGUGUAAGAAGAUUUUAAGAGUGUUGUUUACUGGAGUUGGUUGGCCCCUUCUGAAAUCAGGGGUAUCUUGUACAAUAUCAGUGUGAAAGCAGCAACAUUGGAAUAAAUGUGAGUUGGAAUAUGUUUACAGUUUUCAGGUGUAUGCACUUUGUCAUAAUAUAGAGAAAGCUCAGCGCUUUCUAAGAGUUUUUGACUCUUCUUUUCUCUUUUGGGUUCAGGACAAUGGGCAUCACAUUAUUAAAUGAAACAGAAUUUUAGUUUGCGUUAAAUCAAGGAUGAACAAUAAAUGUAAAAUGAAGCACAGGAAUUCUUCAUGAGGAUGUACUGUAAAUAUAUGCUGUAUAGAG